AUGAACGGCGAAUUCUUCUUGCACGCGCCAUUAACAACCACUUAUUCGCUUGUUCAUCACGCAUCAUCCCAAUCGCACUUCCCAUUUCAACAGCCUCACGACGCAAGAACUAGCGAAAGGACGCUCGAAGGAAUCGCCGCGGUCGUCGGAGAACACGUUCUGUUCGGGCCAAAAUCGACGCCGCGUUCUGGUUUCGUUUCAGAGCGUGGCGCGCCGAAGAAGAAAACAGAGAAAACCUGUGGCGCGUCGGCGAACAAGAGCUACAGAGGAGUGAGGAAGAGGCCGUGGGGAAGGUGGUCGGCGGAGAUACGCGACCGCAUCGGUCGGUGCCGCCACUGGCUUGGGACGUUCGACACUGCGGAGGAAGCGGCGCGUGCGUACGACGCGGCUGCAAGGCGCUUGAGAGGUUCGAAGGCUCGGACUAACUUCAAUAUACCCUCAGUGUUGCCGUUAACAACGUCUUCGGAAGCGAAUGGGGUGAGUGGUGGUUCGGUGAAGCCGAAAACCGCACGCAACAGCGCUCGGAAGUGUUCCUCUGUGGAACAAUUGUUCAGUGAGGUUCCCCAAGUUCGUAGAGAACGAGAGUGUGAAGUGAACGACAGUGUAGAGGUUGAGUUGAAGCUGGGUGUGAACUUCAGUGUUACAAGCACUAGAAUGGUGAUGUAG